GGAAAGAAUUUCAGUAUUGUCAAGGAUCGGAGACGUGUGUUCUGUACUUGGUGGAAGGUGUACGCAGUGGUUGCACGACAGUAAACAAAGUGCUCGUGCAUUAUCUGUGGUAUAUUUUAGAGCAGUACGUUUUACGGCUGGAACGUUUGUAUAUAUGUACGGAAAUAUGCGGGAAAGGGAAGAAUUUUGUCGAACAUUUCCACCGGGACAACCGAUCCAGGCACCGACGACACGGGCUCUAGGCCUUGACGCGCUUCACAGCCUUUGUAAAGAGAUCUAUCCCGACCAAAGCAAUCCGCUCACUGUCACUGCAGUCGUCAAAUAUUGGUUGGGGGGUCCGGAUCCUCUCGACUACAUCAGCAUGUACAAAAACCCUGGCUGCCCUGAAUUAGGGGUACCGCCACAUUGGCAUUAUAUUAGUUUGGGCUUAUCGGAUCUCCAUGGAGAUGGAAGGAUACAUCCAAAAAGUGGUCCUGGUCGUCCAAGUGGUUUUGGGUUUGAAUUGACCUUCAGAUUGGUCAGAGAAAGGAACGAAAUGACUCCCCCUACUUGGCCAGCCAACGUGAUGCAACAACUAGCAAAAUAUGUUUUUAAUUCUGGUAACAUGUUGUUGCCUGGUGACCAUGUGUCGUGGCAUGCUCCUUUGGAUAAUGGGAAUGGUAGAAUCACCCAAAUUUUGAUGGGCAGGGAUCCACAGUUACCAGCAUUCAUAUCUACACCUCAUGGUGAUGUUUCCUUUGUUCAAAUUGUAGGAGUUACUUCUGAAGAAUUGUUAGCUGCACAGCACUGGAAUGGCUUAGGUCUAGUAAAUUUAUUAAAGACCAGUCGUGGUUGUGGACCAUGGUUGGUAACAGAUAUGAGAAGAAUACAUUCUGUUAUGGAGGAUGAUCCUUCUGUAGCAGAGAAAAUACAAAUUGGUAUAGAGAAGGAAGGUUCUAAUUUAAGCGGUGUGUCUGCAAAAUGUUGGUGGGUACAAGUCAACAGUGAGAGUAAUAUAGAAAGAUAUAGAGAGACAAGAAACGAGUCAGACGAGGAAGAAGAAGAUAUAAAACCAAUAAUAAAGUCAGAAAGGUUGUCUCCUUGUGAACAGGAUAUUAAUUUGUCACAUGAAAAUUUGAUUAAAGCUUUACCAGGACUCCACUUAACAUUUAAUCUCGAAGCUGGAUCUCUGUUACCAUUAGCAAUAAAAGGACGCGUGAUGCACGGAAGGCAUUUCACGUUUAAAUCUAUAUUGUCUCAUACGGCUAUCACAAUCGUAGCACCGUCAGUAACUGGCACUCUAGUUUCUAGAGAAAGGCCGUACGUAGUUCAGGGGCCAUGGUUACAAGUAUUACUUCCGGAGGAAUUGUCCGAAAAAAUGGCCCAGGAGUUUCAAGUUCUAAAUUCACCAAAUCAGCUUCAGUUGCCAAAAACAUUUUCUUGGCCCGAAUAUAAACUAGUUAUCACUGUUGUAAAUGACUGAGGAAUGGAUAUAAGUGUGGCUAGAAUUACCCAAAAUUCAUUCACGUUUCGAUACGUUUAAGCGAAUUAGGAUAAAUCGACGUAAGCAAAGUAUUAUCUAAUUUUGUUACAAAGCGGAUUUCGACGAAACUAUUUAUAAUUGUGCGCGUACGGUUAUCGUGCACACGAUAGAACUGCAAGACUUUACGUAUCAAUGUGUGGAAGAGGAGGCAUAUUUAACACGUGUCAACGAAACUAAGAAUAUUUUUUUUUACCGAAGAUAUUUUUCGAACGCCUCUCUUUUACAAGUUGAUGCUUGUUAACAAUUUAUAUUUAAUUAUGUACAUAAUAGAAUGCAAAGUAUAAAGUGUAAUUGUAUUUGAUAUACGAGUUUACACAUUGUUACUUUAUGUAGAACAUUUUUGUAAAUAGAAAACCUUAGAAAUCUGACACUUUGUCAGAAUCUUCUGGCAAUUUUUAUAUUAAAAAGGAUAUGUAUAAUAGAACGGAAUAUAAGGAAUAAUAUUUAUAAGAAAACA